AUGGCGUCAAAUCCUUGGUCGGCGGACGCUGCGGCAGCACCGACGGCCCUCGACGUCUUCCUCCAGAAGUGGAAGGAGGUCGCGCCCAUGGCCCUGGACGACGAUGACGACGACGUGGUCUCAUCGCCGUCCUUGGACGUCAUCCAACUCAUGACAGAUAUCACGGCCGCUGAAGAGGCGCUCUUCCAGAUCCUUUGCGACAUUGACGAACUGACGUUUGUCGCGACGACAGCGCCGCUCUUGGCCACCGGCGCCAUCGAUGCCAAGCACGCAAUGCUCACGGCGCUGCGUGCCCAAAUGGACGCUUUCCACGCGCUGCGACCGACCAUUUUACAGAAGCUCCAGACAGCGCACACGUCCAAGAUGCUGCAUAUCGCACCCGGCGACCAAGAGAACACCAUGGCUGUGCUUGCGACGGCCGAGGCGCACAUCGAGCGCAUCCUCGCGUGUUGCGAUGCUCUGAGCCACGGCCAGAACAACACCUUCCAACCACCGACGUUGGACCCGGCGUGGACGUCGACGCUGGCAACGUACGAGCAGUGCUACCAUGCACACGCGCGGCUACGGGACCUCUAUGCGCGCUACGAAACCUACAAUCGCUCGUAAGCUCAUAGUUUGGUCGGCGGUUCAACGUCCUGCACCGGCUGUUUCUCGGACGGCACGGCAUGCCGCCACGUCAUAAUUAGACACACAAUAAGUA